GGCCUAUAAAAUACACUUAUCUCCAGCUACAUGUAUGCUUGGAUUUUUAUCUUCUGUGUGGUGAUUUGAAUGUUUGGGUUUUGGAGUAUUCAGGGGUUUUUUUUGUUUGCCAUGGAUCAAGGGUGGAAAAGGUUACCCUUGUUGGUAGUCUUUCUGUUUUUGAGUAGUGCUUAUGGAUUUAAAGGUGGAGCUUAUUCAAAUGCCCACCAGCGGUGGGGUCAACCUUCUGACAAUACUUUCUCACCUCAUGCAGUCCAGUCAUCUGUUUCAGAGGUCCCUGUGACUGGGACUUUGCCUGAAGAAGUGGGCUCAAGUUUAUUCACUAACAGACCCCUGAAAAGGUUUAACUUGCUCCAGUUUGUAAAAGGUCAUGAUUCCAGCCACCAUGAAUCGAUGUCCUAUGCCCAAACUGCUCCAAGCAGCUCAGUUUUUGCUUCCUUGCCUCUACCCUUAAGUGAAAAGCAAGCAGGCAGUUUGACAUUGCUCCAGGGCUCUGGAACAACCAUUACAGAUACUGCUAGUGUUUCUACACAAAGCACUUCUGGCCAGUCCACCAGCGAUCAGAGCUUCCCUAGUUUGUACAUGUCCAGCUCCCAGGAAACCUCUGGUGUUGAAUCUGCGGAAGCCGCUUUGCCUGUGUUCUCUCAGGAGAGUAUCUCCUACAGCAGUUCAUCUGCUCCAGGUGCCACUUACACUUCUCAAGGUAGCCCAGUGCCACUUUCAGAAGGCUCUAGUCAAGCCAUCUCACCUCAGGAUGAAAGCAGUUACAGUCGUUUGUUUCAGUCUCAAGGUGCCUCUAGUCACUAUACCCCAGACUCCUAUACCAAGCUCAGUUCUUCAUCUGUUUCUAGUCAGUCUACCAGUGAUCAGAGUCCCCCCAGUCUGUAUAGUUCUAGCUCUCAGGAUAGUUCUGGCAGUUUGUUGGAAGCUUCUGGCUCUUUCUUUCAAGGGGAAAUGGUAGGGCUUAGCUCGUCUGACUUGUCUCCUGAAUCUCAAACCUCUGGUCAGCUUCUGCCCUCAUCAUUGGAGGUCUCUAGCCAGUUUACUAAUGGUCAGGGCUCUCCCAGCUUGUUUAUAGGUAGCUCUAAAAGCAGUUCUGAUUCCCAGUCAACUGGUCCUGCUUCACUUCUAGAUACUCAGGGUAGCCUUUCUCAAAGCAUUUUGUCUACCCAGACUCAGGGCUCCACUUCUCAGGGCAGUGCUGGGCCUGAAUUGUCUGGAAGUUCUGGGCAAUUUAUCCCCACACAAGUAGAAGGUGGCAGUUAUAGUGUGUCCCAAUCGCUUAACUCUAGUCCGUAUGCCCCAGGAUCCCUGAUGUAUGGGAAGUUUGGCCCCUUGCCUAUAAGGGUUUCUAGCCAGUCCACAAGCACCCAAAGCAGUCCUGGCACUCCAUUAACUUCCAGUCGUUUCCCUGUGCAGGGAGGUAGUAGCUCUACUUCUAGCUUAUAUCUGAAGCCUCAGGGCACUCUGGGUCUGUAUGCCCCUGCGUCAUCUACCAAAUAUGUGAGUGUUCCCAUGCCACAACGUGCUGUUUAUAGCCAGGCAACAAGUGGCUCGGGGGCUCUGUUUGGGACCUCUAUUGGUUUAGCCUCACAAGGAAUGAGUAGCACUUACAGUGGUUCUGUACAGCCUCAAGGUACCACAAGUCAAUUUGCCCCUGGGUCUCCAUCCUUCUCUAGUUCACAGAAGCAGUUUACCUCUAGCUAUGGCACCCAGUCAAGGCCCUCUCUGCCACUCACCCUGCAGGGAAGUGCCACUUACGGUGGAUCACUCCAGGCUCAAGGUACCACAGGUCAGUUUGCCCCUGGGUCUCCAUCUUCAGGUGUAUCACUAUCGUCAGCCCAAGGUGCUGCCAGUCAGCCUGCCACAGUCCCGAGUUCGCGGAAGCAGUUUACCUCUAGCUCUGGCACCCAGUCAGGGUCCUCUCUGCCACUCACCCUGCAGGGAAGCACCACUUAUGGUGGAUCACUCCAGCCUCAAGGUACUGCAAGUCAGUUUGCCCCUGGGUCUCCAUCCUCCUAUCCAAGUGUAUCACUAUCCUCACCCCAAGGUGCUGCCAGCCAGUCUGCCACAGUCCUGAGUUCACGGAAGCAGUUUACCUCUAGCUAUGGCACCCAGACUGGGUCCUCUCUGCCACUCACCCUGCAGGGAGGUGCUGCUUAUGGUGGAUCACUCCAGCCUCAAGGUACCGCAAGUCAGUUUGCCCCUGGGUCUCCAUCCUCCUAUCCAAGUGUAUCACUAUCCUCACCCCAAGGUGCUGCCAGCCAGUCUGCCACAGUCCUGAGUUCACGGAAGCAGUUUACCUCUAGCUCUGGCACCCAGUCAGGGUCCUCUCUGCCACUCACCCUGCAGGGAAGCACCACUUAUGGUGGAUCACUCCAGCCUCAAGGUACUGCAAGUCAGUUUGCCCCUGGGUCUCCAUCCUCCUAUCCAAGUGUAUCACUAUCCUCACCCCAAGGUGCUGCCAGCCAGUCUGCCACAGUCCUGAGUUCACGGAAGCAGUUUACCUCUAGCUCUGGCACCCAGUCAGGGUCCUCUCUGCCACUUGCCCUGCAGGGAAGCCCCACUUAUGGUGGAUCACUCCAGCCUCAAGGUACUGCAAGUCAGCUUGCCCCUGGGUCUCCAUCCUCCUAUCCAAGUGUAUUCCUGUCCUCACCCCAAGGUGCUGCCAGCCAGUCUGCCACAGUCCUGAGUUCACAGAAGCCGUUUACCUCUAGCUAUGGCACCCAGACUGGGUCCUCUCUGCCACUCACCCUGCAGGGAGGUGCUGCUUAUGGUGGAUCACUCCAGCCUCAAGGUACCGCAAGUCAGUUUGCCCCUGGGUCUCCAUCUCCAAGUGUAUCCCUAUCCUCACCCCAAGGUGCUGCCAGUCAGUCUGCUGCAGUCCUGAGUUCACGGAAGCAGUUUACCUCUAGCUAUGGCACCCAGUCAGGGUCCUCUCUGCCACUCACCCUGCAGGGAAGCACCACUUAUGGUGGAUCACUCCAGCCUCAAGGUACCGCAAGUCAGUUUGCCCCUGGGUCUCCAUCCUCCUAUCCAAGUGUAUCACUAUCCUCACCCCAAGGUGUUGCCAGCCAGCCCAGCCAAGCAUUUCAAAGCUAUUCUGUGUCCCAAAGCCAGAAGUCUCAAAGAUGGCAGCCUUCACAAGGUAUUCAGACCUCAGGUGCAGCUGUAUCACAGGGAAUCGAUCUAUCUCAAAGCUCUCCAAUGCAGAGUAGGUUCUCUUCCCUGUCAUCCGCAGGAGGCCCAUCUUCAAAAGAUUCUGGACUGUUUGUUUCUGCACAGGGUGGUGGCACCAGUUAUGGUGGCUUUUCUCUCAAUUCUCAAAGCCCUUUGAAGUACAACCCUGGGUCCCAUGCAUAUGCCAAGUUUGGUUCCUCACCCCUAGCUGUUUCUAGCCAGUCUACCAGUGAUCAGCACUCAAAUGGCUUGUAUAGCUCAGGCUCUCUGCAAACCCAGGGUCUCCUUGGUGUAGUUGAAGGACCCUCAUCUCAAGCUCCUUUUGACUCCCCAAGCAGUAACCAAAUUGAGCGUUUUGUGAUGUUGCAACGGCCCACAGGUUCCAACCUAGCUCCAUCUCUAGGCCUGAGUGCCCAAGCAUCUUCUGUUAGCAUGCUCUCUGGUGUUCCGCAAACUGCGCAGGCUCUACGUGAAUCUGGGUCAGAUGUCCAGUUAAACAACCAAGUGAGCAGCAAUUCACAGGCCAAUGCAUAUACUUCCUUGCAAAAGUUCUCCAGCAACUAUGGUGCACAGAGUCUUAAGCCUUCAGAGCUCUUGCGUUAUGAGCCAGGUGUUUAUGGCCAAGGAACAUCCAGUGCUUCUGAGCUCUUGAGUAGCUAUGGUUCCACGUACAACCUGAAUGCUCCUGCUUCUAUACCAUCCCGCAGUUCUCUCUCAAGCCGCUACUACUCUGUCAAGGGCUAAGGGGCUCUAGAAACCUGCUACAAUGUGAAGUGUUGUCUUCUAGAAUUUAAAAAUAAAUGUUUGAAACAAA